CUUUGUUUUGGAUUAACUUGAUUGUAUAUAUACCUUAUGUUUUUUCUCUUCUCCCUUUUUCUUUUCAUAAUAAAUUAAACAUGAUUUAUUAAUCUGGAAAUUAGUUUACAAGUUACAAGGUUUUGGUUCCAAAAGACCUUGAAAACUGACACUACUCUGGCACGUUAAGAGAGAAAGUACCAAAGAAACCAAAACUAGAGACGUAUGCAACGACGUCAGUAUCCGUUACCCAUUAAUCAUCUAAACCCAAAUUUUGGUGCUUUAUACGUUAUAUAUACUCCACACUCUUGCAACCAUUAUUAUAUAUACAACGAGGAAAAAUAGUACUAUUUUCUACGAACUUCAGAAUCUUUCGUCUCUCUUAAUUAUUUUUCUCAAAUUUCUCGAAACAUCUAGUUUUCUUUUCAACCAGCCAAUCAUGGGUAGUGAUCAUCAUCAUCGAAAGCUCCACGUUAUGUUCUUCCCUUUCAUGGCUUAUGGUCACAUGAUACCAACUCUAGACAUGGCUAAGCUUUUCUCUAGCAGAGGAGCCAAAUCCACAAUCCUCACCACAUCUCUCAACUCCAAGAUCCUCCAAAAACCCAUCGACACAUUCAAGAAUCUGAAUCCGGGUCUCGAAAUCGACAUCCAGAUCUUCAAUUUCCCUUGCGUGGAGCUGGGGUUACCAGAAGGAUGUGAAAACGUUGAUUUCUUCACUUCAAACAACAAUGAUGAUAAAAACGAGAUGAUCGUGAAAUUCUUUUUCUCGACAAGGUUUUUCAAAGACCAGCUUGAGAAACUCCUCGGGACAACGAGACCAGACUGUCUUAUCGCCGACAUGUUCUUCCCCUGGGCUACUGAAGCUGCUGGGAAGUUCAAUGUGCCAAGACUUGUGUUCCACGGCACUGGCUACUUCUCUUUAUGCGCUGGUUAUUGCAUCGGAGUGCAUAAACCACAGAAGAGAGUGGCUUCAAGCUCUGAGCCAUUUGUGAUUCCCGAGCUCCCUGGGAACAUUGUGAUAACUGAAGAACAGAUCAUAGAUGGCGAUGGAGAAUCCGACAUGGGAAAGUUUAUGACUGAAGUUAGGGAAUCGGAAGUGAAGAGCUCAGGAGUUGUUUUGAAUAGUUUCUACGAGCUAGAACAUGAUUACGCCGAUUUUUACAAAAGUUGUGUACAAAAGAGAGCGUGGCAUAUCGGUCCGCUAUCGGUUUACAACAGGGGAUUUGAGGAGAAGGCUGAGAGAGGAAAGAAAGCGAACAUUGAUGAGGCUGAAUGCCUCAAAUGGCUUGACUCCAAGAAACCAAAUUCAGUCAUUUAUGUUUCCUUUGGGAGCGUGGCUUUCUUCAAGAAUGAACAGUUAUUCGAGAUCGCUGCAGGGUUAGAAGCUUCCGGUACAAGUUUCAUUUGGGUUGUUAGGAAAACCAAAGGUAUUGAAAUUGACGUUUGAAGCCUAUAUUAUAUAGCUGUAAUUUGGGUAGCUUUGAUUUUAAUCUGACACAAGAUUUGGUGUGAACAGAUGAUAGAGAAGAAUGGUUACCAGAAGGGUUCGAAGAGAGGGUGAAAGGGAAAGGUAUGAUAAUAAGAGGAUGGGCACCACAGGUGCUGAUACUUGACCACCAAGCAACCGGUGGGUUUGUGACCCAUUGCGGCUGGAACUCGCUUCUUGAAGGAGUGGCUGCAGGGCUACCAAUGGUGACAUGGCCUGUAGGAGCGGAGCAAUUCUACAAUGAGAAAUUGGUUACGCAAGUGCUCAGAACAGGAGUGAGCGUGGGAGCGAGCAAGCAUAUGAAAGUUAUGAUGGGAGAUUUCAUUAGCAGAGAGAAAGUGGAUAAAGCGGUGAGGGAGGUUUUGGCUGGGGAAGCAGCAGAGGAGAGGCGGAGACGGGCAAAGAAGCUAGCGGCGAUGGCUAAAGCUGCCGUGGAAGAAGGAGGGUCUUCCUUCAACGAUCUAAACAGCUUCAUGGAAGAGUUUAGUUCAUAAUCUUCAUAUAUAUAGAUUCUAUUUAGAAAUUCCAUAGCAGAAGUAAGAUGAAAGCUAAUGUAAAAUAUAAGAGAUAUGAGUUAAAUUCAAAUGGCAGCAACCUCUACCAUAGACAUCACUCUAAGUCUCUAUUAUCUUCAGCAUAAUCCUCUGUUUUGUUAGGAGAAAAUCAAUGGUUCAAGAUUCACUAUUUUCAAAUGCUAACAAUGAAUUUGUUG